UCUCAGCUAUAUUCUCUUCCCUUCAUUUCCAACCUUUCUCCUCCAACUCAAACCCAAAAACUCUUCUUCUUCUUCCUUUUCUUCUUCACCAUAUUCUUCUUCUUCUUCAUCAUCAUCUUCUUCUUCUUAACCAUCUUCUUCUUUUUAUCCCUUAUUCUUAAUCUUCUUCUUCUUCUUCAAAACAAUAGCAAAAACCGUGGCUUGAACCUUCAAACUCCACGCUUUCCUUUCCAAACUCUCAUGCCAUUCUCUCCUCGCCUAUCCACCAACCACCACACACCAUGGAACCUCACAAGCUCCAACGAACCAGCCCCACCCACUAACCAAAAUCUCUCCUUUAGGAGAGUCUCACCCUUUUCCUCGCUCCGAACCUCCCUCGACUGCGUCUCUGAUGGAGGGGUUGCGAAGGAGGUGCCGGUUCGGCUUCCUUUUGUGGUUGUCAGGAGACCGACAGAAGCUUCUAGAUUCUUCUGGGCUGGGAACUGCCUGCAGGUGGUGACGGUCGACGGUGGCGCCGCCGCGGAUGCUGACGUGGACUUCGAUGAUAGGGUGUUGAGGGUGUGUGGGUCCGUUGUGAGGGAGUUCUUUAUUCCGAGAGGGGUGACGGGGAACUAUAUGGAGUAUGUGAAGUGGAAGCUUCUGCAUCGGGUUUUCAGCUCCGCGCUGCAAGUGCUUGCCACUCAAGCAAUGUUUACAGCCAUGGGAGUUGGAUUCUCGAGUUCUCUUCCAUCAGCUGCUGCCCUUAAUUGGGUGUUAAAAGAUGGCAUUGGACGACUAAGCAGAUGCAUAUACACUGCUAGUCUAGCAUCUGCUUUUGAUACAAAUUUAAAGAGGGUCAGGUUCACUACAUCUGUUCUUUUUGUUGCAAGCAUUGGACUUGAAUUACUUACUCCCACAUUUCCUCGAUGCUUCCUGCUUCUUGCAACUAUUGCCAAUAUUUCUAAACAAAUAAGCCUUGCUUGUUACUUAGCAACUCGGUCAGCUGUUCAUCAAAGUUUUGCAAUAGGAGAUAACCUUGGUGAAAUAUCUGCUAAGGCACAGAUUCAAACAGUGUGCUUUGACAUCCUUGGUCUUAUGCUUGCUGCACUUGUUAACAUGUGUAUAGAGAACCAUCGAAGGCAACAAGCAGGUCUGCAUUACCUUAUCUAUCCCUUUUUUGCUGCAAUGGAUCUCUUUGGGAUUUAUCAAGGAUUAAAGCAUGUACAUCUGCAAACUUUGACUAAGGAUAGGCUUGAAAUUAUUCUGAGCACUUGGAUUGAGCGUGGAUAUGUGCCAUCCCCUUCAGAGGUGAGCGAUAAAGAAGGAGUUAAUUUUCUGGGAUUUAAAGGUAAAUGCUCGUGGCCAAUUAGAAUAGGGUGCUUAAAUCCCAAGGACCAAUUACCAAAGUGGUCUAUGAAGACAAUACAGUGUAUAACUAAUGAGGAUUAUUACUUUGUGUGCGUGGAGUUCUUCAAAGGAUUAAAAGGAACUAGAAAGCAGUCUAUCCUUCUUUCCAUUCGCGAAGGAGCCGAAGCAGCACACAUAAUCAUGGGUUUGUUGCAGGCUUGCUACAUCAGAAGGGCUCUACUUAUGAACAGUAGUAGGUGGGAGAUUAUUGUAGAGGAAAACAAUGCAUCAGACUCAACAAUGGAAGAUUGGUCUAUAAUUGUUGAGAAUGCCAAGAGAUCUGCAGAGAGGGAUGUGUCUAAUUUGAUUGACCAAAUGGUGGAAAUGGGUUGGAUGGUGAAGAACAUUCUAUUGUCAACACAAGAACAGAUUCGAUACAGUUUUGUGUGUGAUUAAAUAUAGUUUUCAAGAUUUGGUUGGCUCCUUAUUUCAAUGGGAGUGUUUGGGGAUAUAAGAUACCAUUCAUUUUAAGAUUAGACUAAAGAAUAAGGUGAAAAAUGUGUUGUCUGUAUAAUGCACACUUUUUGUUGCAGGGUAUUAUUAAGCUUAUGCAUUGAAUGUAUACACAUGUAUGCCUAAAUUGUAUUAUUACACUUUCACACUAGAAAAAAAGGCAAUGCUCUCUUCUCUCUUUUCUUGUUUA